AUGUAUAGCAAGCGCGUCGCACGAGAUAUUUUAGACUAUGGAGAAACAAUAUUAUUUGAAGGAUGGCGGACAACAGAUCUCCGAGGAAUAAUUUAUUCGAGUAUAGGAAUCAUACUUUUGGGCAUCAUUUAUGAAGCUUUGAAAAAUUAUCGGGAAUACUUAAACGUCUCAAUUGCAAUCCAAAAUACUGGUCAAAAAUCGAGAGUGCAAUCUAUUUUUUCCGUGGUACAUUUCGUUCAAACUUUAUUGCAAGGAAUUCAAAUAACAAUAAGUUAUUUUUUAAUGUUUAUAUUUAUGACCUAUAACGUUUAUUUGUGCAUUGCUGUAACUAUUGGUAUUAUGCUGGGGUAUUUUCUUUUUUCAUGGAAUAACACUAGGUGUGACAUCAACCAGUGUUGUUCAUAA